CUCCGAGGUCCUAGAAUGACAGAUUCCUUAAAUUGGUGUUGAGGGCAGCGCAUGCUUGUGCGACAGCACUGCCCAGUUCACUUGCUCCCCUGGACUUCUGUUGGUGCUUGAAGUAUUGUUGGCUCAAAUUCAAUCGACGUGUUUCGUUCAUUUGUCUUCUGACUUGCGGCAAUGCCUCGUCAAAGCAGCCGUAGCUCCGCCAGCGCUCCUCAGCGCGCUGCCCCAGCGCCUUCCUAUGGCAGGGCAGCACCAAAGCCAGCUCCUGCUGCAGCCCAGCAGGCACCUCCACCGGCUGCUGCACCAGCUGCAGCACCUCCGGCGGUUGCUCCUUCUGGUGGUGGCAUGAUGUCUGGGUUGAUGGGUUCCAUGAUGUCCGGCAUGGCGGCAGGCACCGGAAUGGCUGUGGCCAAUCGUGCGGUGGAUGCUGUCAUGGGCCCUCGUCAGACUGAGGUGGUUCAUCGUCAUGAGGGUGCUCCUGCACCGGCAGCAAGCAGCCAGCCAGUGUGUCAAUUUCAGCAGGACCAGUUGACCCAGUGCAUGAAGUCUUCGAGUGAGGCUUCCGCAUGCCAGUCCUUCAUGGAUGCGUUGAAGGCUUGCCAACAGGGACAGUGAGCCGACAGUCCUCCAGAUGGCGCCUUGAGAUCUGGUUGCCUUGUCGGUGGCUUGAUAGCAGUUUUGGGCUGCGACAGAAGAGAUCUUCAUCUUUUCGGAGCUAUGAGUUUCUAGGCAAGAUUUCAUGGUUCCAGAAACCAUACUGAGCCCUGCAGAGCCAAAA